CUUCCGUUGUUAACAGUUUGACUAUUAAUUAACGCCCUAGAAGUCAAAAUUUCUACAUAAUCGUCAUGAUCUUUUUCAGAAUAUUUGUCUAUGAGUUCUAGAUCAAGUUUGAAACUGGGUCAUCAGAGGUAAAAUAAAAAAUAAGUCUGUAAUAAAAUCUGUCAAAAGGUCCAUUGGAAGUACAGAAUGCACCCAAGCAAAGUUAAAGCAAAAUCGAGUCUGUUCACGAGACGUAAUUAAAUGUGCAACAUCCUCUGACACUGACACUGACAAAAGUUCUCUUGGAAAAAAUUAUUAAAACUGUGGAGACCAUAUUUCCUAACAUGGUCGGAACAUUUGUUUAUGUAAAGGUUAGGUCAGCUUUGUUACAUGGACGUCUUUGGUCUAAAUCUAGCUGACUAGGUUAAAUUACAGAAAUUGAUUGAUGUAGGUUCAAGCAUUAUCAGUAAUUGAUUGGAAACAGUUGCCGUUUUCCUGUCAACGUAACCUUUGACAUACAGAACCCAUUAGCGAUAGGGGCUAUUUUCUGACAAGCAAUGAUCUUAUGACGCUUAGGUUGAAACCUUUUUCAGAUCCAAAGUCGUUUUGGGCUUGGCCGUCAAAGACAAUAUAGGUUAGCUACUGAUCAUAUGCAAUCAUACUAACGUAUAUAUACGCUAUAUGCAUUGGCUUUCUCCAGAUAUUAGGUCUACUGUCAGAGCGAUCAACCGACAGGAGCAAAACCAAUAUUCAUUUUACUACUCUUCACGAAGUGGGGGUAAAAACAUAAGAAAUUAAAAAUUAAAAAAAUUUACUUUGACCAAGUCAAUUUUCCAGUGAAACGGUGUCGAACGUUUUCGCACAUUUUACUGUUAACGCAAAUAUAUUUUGGUGCAGACGACUUUUUGUACCAGUACGUUUUGUCUGAAAGCACCUUUCACUAUUGCCGAAAGUUUCCAUAUUACAAUAAUUCAUUUAUAUGAAUUGUCGAAAAGAAGCGGACUGCAGACGGUGAUUAAAUUGUAUUGCUAAGGACUUAUUUUUCCUAUACCUAUUCAAAGGUAUAAGAGCAACUUGUUUUUAAACAUCAGUUUCCAGAAGAGGGUUGAUCAACAUUGUUCUAUAAAAUGCGAUACACAACCCUCUACCUAUUAAAGUAUAUUGUCGAAGGUUGGUAGUAGAGAUUGAUUUUCAUUAUACUUUAAAUAACUAAUAAGUACCCAUUUCGUCAAUGUCAGACUAAGACUUGCUCCUGUAUUUUUGACAAUUGGAAAUUAAUAUUUCGUGUAAGUACUCAUACAAAAAUCAAUCAAGCCGCCAUACGGCACAUCGAAAUUAUUCCAUUCGUAACUUGAUGAUUUUAAAAAUCAGAUAGCAUUGUUUUAUAAUAUAAAAGCCUUCAUGCGUUUACACACAUUAUUUUCAUUUUCAGUAUGGUGUUUCAUUAUGAUUAACCCGUAUUUGUUUAGUUUAUUGAUAAAAAGUGACUUGAUUCAAGGAAAAGAUGCGUGUGAAAGAAACAGAAAAGUGGACAAAUACUGUGUUCCUCUUGUCAAUGGUGCUGGUGUCUACAGUAUUUGCCGCCGAAAAUUGUGGUGACAGCUAUAUAACGAUAAAGAUAAAGGGAGAUUGUACGAGUUCCUCGUGUAUAGGCGAAUGUCGUGAUGAUGGCACGUGCUGUCUAGAAAGGUGUUUUGCAGGCGACCAGCCCACAAACCAGGAAUUUGAAGGUUGUAUCAUUGCCCCGGACAUUCAGGGUACAUGCAGCAACUUUGUAAACCAGACAGAAUGCCUAGCUACAAACGUAAAUAAGACGUUUGCGGUGUGUUGGAAGCAUUCAAUUUACUUCAUUUCGUCACAUCCUAAUGUUGCCGGAAUUAAAGGAUUUAAUCCUGUCAAUUGCCCUUGCGAGCAUGGAUAUACGCGGAAAGUUGGAUCUUGUUCUUUUCCCCAGUGUAUCAAAAGUUCCUUUUGUGAACUGAAGGAAGAUCCAGCUUUAAACGUGGAUGUAUGUUGUCUUGAUAGCGCUAUAUUUCCACAAGAAAAUGACUGUGACAGUAAUCAGAAGCUGGACACGUCAGUACACCAGUAUCUCAAUGUGAGUACUUUGGCACAGUGCCAGGCCGUGUGCCAAGGCGGAUCGUGUAAAAUGACCAACGCCAGCAGGCUGCCUGCUUGCUGCAAAAGAAUACCUAAAAUAGAGAAAGGUCCGGGAGAUGAUGGUGUACAUGGUGGUGUCAUAGCUGUCAUUGUCGUCAUCAUCGUCGUACUAGUACUGGUAGCAGUUUUGGGUCUGUUAUACACCUACAGAAUCAAACAAGAAGAAAACCAAAUCAAGAGAAAUAGAAACAGUGGAACAACUUCAAUAGAAAUCACAGGAGUAGAUGAAAUGAUAGGCGGUGAACAAGCUUGGACUGAAGAUGGUGCCACAUAUCCCGAUAGGAACGGGAAUCUCGCGGCCAGGGUGCCAGAUAGUUAUCAAGUACCAGACGAAUGUGAUCAUGUAUCUACUGCAGAUUUUGAUUUAAGUGUACAUUCCAUUGAAAGGUUACAAAAUGGAAAUGCGCAUGCUUACGAUAAUCGGACAUUUAUUGAUGAUGAUGAAAAGAUCGGUGGCGAACUCAGCUACAAGUCUUACAGCAAAAGAACUGGAAGUGUCGUUUCCAUAGAACUGGCAUACGAAGGAGAUAAUGCACAUUUUGACAGUGGAGAAAAUUGUUUUGAUGGACAGAAUCAUGACUACUGAACAGCAAUACCUUUCUCUAUCGAUCUACAUGAUUACAUGUAUUCGGUUGUUACGUCUGAAAUUGCUUACAUUAAAUAUGAUUUACAGUUGCUAAGAACCGUCGUAAUCCCAUUUUAGUUGUUUCCACGUGAAAGUCCAUGUCACCAAUUUAAAACGUGACUCAUUUGAUGCUUAUAUAUCCAAUGAUUUCUAUAUCAACUAUCUUAAUAUUCUAUUAAUUUUGUAGGUGCACACAAUGUCAGUGUUUCUUUUUGUCAGCAAAAUAAAGGUCAGUGUCAUCUUUUUCAGUAUUGAAACAAUUUUUGAAAUAAGAAUGCGGUAUUCUUUAUUCAGUUCUCAUGGUAUUACUUUACUUUAAUUUCAUAUUGCUUUAACGCCAAUUAUAUAUGCCUCAUAUGAAAAUCAGACAUAUUAUGUCUGUCCGCCUCAAAGCACGCCUCCCCUUUUUGUCUCCAUACAUGCAUAUAUUGAGCUAGAUUUAAGAACAAGUGUCAAUGAGAAUCUACAAAACUAGUUGUUAGGUAAUUAGAGUGGCGUUAUGGCCCUUGCAUUUAUUCACAUUUUCAUUUUCUUCACCAUAUAUCGUCACUUUUAUCAUUUUAUUUAGUUGAUGUUUGCAAGCGCAAGUAUGCAAUAAGGUUAUUCACGCUUUAUAAUUUUAUGUUGUUGAUGUUAUUUCAAUUCAAAAACACAUAGAGUUAUUGCAAGAGAGAUAACCAUCUAAAUACAAAUUCCAGACUUAUCAAAGCAGUUAGUUCCUAUGACAGUAGAUAUACACACGAAAUAUACGUAUUCCAUAUUUUCGGUUAUUACCAAUACAAACCGCCUAAACCGUAUUUAAACAUGAACUGUAUGAAAGAUAUAUCUGUUAUCAUGUUAUCGUCCUGUUAAAUCUAAUUAGUUAAUCA